UUCCUGUUGUAGUAAGUUGUAACCUUGAGAUCUUGAGAACUAGCUGUCAACAUCGUAUGUUUUUCAAUUAAUUCAAUUUUAAAUUUACAUACACGGAGAGAUUUGCGAAAAAUGAAUGUACAAGCUGACUUUCAAUAACACAAGGAAAUAUAUCAAAAAGUUCCUUUGACUGGGUCAAAAAUGUCAGCCAAAAAUCGAGACGUUCACAUGAGAAGCAAAAACAAGAAGAAAUCAGGUGAUGACUUUGUAUUGGAAGCCAAACCGAAACCAAAAGUAGUUAAUCGACAAGCAGUUCAACAAGCAGAGCCGGUGGCUUUGGGUGGUGCAGGGCCUAGUGGAAUUAUUCAGUCUUUCAGAGCGGACAAGACGUCACCAACUCUUGAGGCCCUUACUACUAUAGAAAGUGGAGAGGUUCUCACGAGGAGCAAAAGCAAGAAGAAAUCAGCAGGUAAAGAGGUCCAAACGAAGAGGGGAAAUAAAAAUGAAUCGGCAGGUUAUAGUGAGGGUGAUAUUGUAUUGAAAGCCAAACCGAAUUCAGAAUUAAUUUAUCAAAGGGAAUUGAAGAUUUAUAUCAAACAGCUUCAAAAAGAACAUUCUUACUGGGAAGUAAAAAAAGACAAGUUAAAUUGCACUCUUUGUGAUAGAAAUGUCAGUUUUGUGUCUAUUUCUUUGUUUACGAAUGAAAUCCGCUCUCACAUGAAAACUGUUCAACAUAAAGAAAACUAUGAACUUUUCCUUCUUGAUAACAAAGAUGUUCAAAAAAGUCAUACAAGUACAGAGGAUUGCAAGUUGUUUGAAGAAUUAAAAAAAGUUGAAAAUAUACUAUUAGAAUUAAAACUAAGUAAUAACAACAACACCUUCCUUGAGGACAACAAACAGUCUGUGAAUUUAAGAUCAGUCUUAAAUCCCCUAUAUAAAAAUGAUUCCACAUUAGUGGGUAGUGAAGAAUAUAUUGAGAAAGCUAAAGAUGGGAAGAACUACUACUGUAAAAUCUGUCAUGAACUCAUUUUUGAAUCUCAGAAUAUAAUUGAAUUCAGGUACAAUUUUUUCCUUCACUUCAAUGAUAUGAGUCAUAAAAAGAGAAUGUCAAACUUUUCUGAGGUGGAAAAAAACUUCAAGGAGGUAAUGCUUGAACUUUCUAAAACCUUACCUCCUAACUUAAGAAAGUAUAAGAGUUGUUUUCAAAUAUGUCCAGUUUCUAGGUAUGUCAAGUGCUCAAUAUGUGAAGAUGUUGAGUCAGAAAAUGUACGUUUUUUGGAAAAACAUCUUACAGGAAAUCAUCAUGAUUACAAUAAAGGAAGAAACCUGAACAGUUUGCCUCAACGUUCAAAGAACAAACAUUUGUCCAACUGGUUUACUAGUCUCAUGACAAGAUUAGAAAAUGAAUUCAAACAUGAUGUUCAUGAAGGAGAUUUGAGCUACAUUCAUUGUGGAAUCAUGCCUGGAUAUGUGGUGUGUUCAGUUUGUGCUCGAACUGUUCCAGAUAGAUUUCAGAAUUUAAAAAGUCACUUUGAGCAUCCAAUGCAUGAAAAAAAUAAAAAACUUUACUUGCGCAAAAUGAAGAAAAAACGCAACACAGAAAAACCAGACAAUAUAUUGAAGAAACCACAUGAGAAUCAAGUAGAUCCUAGUUCUCUUUAUGAGACCAAGUAUGGAUUCAAAUGUUGUUUAUGUAAUUUGACCAUUCCACCAACGUCCUAUGCGAUUUACCGUCACGUGAUUAAAUCAAGGUGUCCUUCAAAAUAAGUUUGUGCGCAACACAAUGGUGUAACCUGUUUGUCACUCUUACUAGACUUUAUACAAUAUUAUCAGUUUGGAAUUAAUUUGUGGUGAUGAGUUUUUGUUAUGUAUUUAAGUCGCUAUUGCAGACACUUUCCAUCAUGAUUAGUAAAAAUUAAACAUUUUGGGAUGUAGAACCUCAACCUCUUCUUCCCUGGAUGAGAUAGUACCUUUAAGUAGAGUACACUAACCCAACCAAAUUUGAAAAAAUACAACAGAGAACUGUAAGGAGUCAAAACAAGAAACAACAAAUCCUGAAAGAUAACAACAAUAAUUAUGGUUUAUUGCGAUUUUCUAACUUUGGCUUGGUUUGUACUAAUCUUGUUAUGUUAGGUACUUUCCCAAAUGAGGAUGGGAUCAGAUUAUGGAUCCCAAAACAUUGUGAAUGUGAACCCUUUUUUAUUAAUUGUGAUGGAGAAUGAUGCAAUAGUUUCUUAAAUAGUAAAGAAUAUUGUUAUGCUUAUAGUUUAAAGUGCUUUUAAUGUACACAUAAACCCAUAUAAGUAAAUGCAUUUAUUAUAAGUUUUUGUUCCAUUCGCAGAUGCUCAAGUUUAUUUAUUUGAUUUCAAUGUAAUGUGAAAUAGGUGGAUUCAAUGAUUACUGGAAGCAUUUUGAACCAUAGAAUACAUUUUAAGUUUAUUAUAUUUAGUUUGUGUGGAAUGACUUAUGAAGAAUUACCACUUGUACCAUCAUAUCUAGUGGUUUAGAUCAGUGGAUUUAACAUAACUUAUCUAGUAGUGAUUGAACUACAGCUUUGGUUAUUUUGUGUUAAGUAUGUUUUCAUUUUAAUUGUUACCAAAUAAAAAUUUGCUGUUGAUUACAAUUGAUUGAUUACAAACUAGAUCUUUUCUGGACUCAGAUGCCAUCUGAAAAAAGGUCAACAUGAGAUAACAACCAAACAAUACAGUUUUGACUCUUCCCUUCCAAAAAUGUAAAAAAAUUCCAAUGCCAAACACAAAUAAAUAAGUUUAAAUAGUAUGCUAGAAAUAAAUUUUUAUUACAAUGUUGGACGAAUGCUUAGUUAUGCUAAAGUGAUAAAACUAAGUUUUUUGUUCGUUCACUUGUAAUUUCUCGUUAUUGCUAAAAGAUUCUAUUCAACUUUUAAUCAUAGUUAGUAAUUAAGAAUCAUUGUAAGUAACAUUACGCUAAUAUAAUGUAGCUACUAAUAAUUUUGCUUCAAAUAUGUAAAUGUCAGAGCGUCUAUUAAUCAGCUGUUAUUUGAGGAACCAAGUUAUUGUUAUUGUUAAUAAAUGCUUUUGAUUGAUAA